GGUCACCGCCACAGUGGACCAAACCUCACCGAAGAAAGAGAAGACAAAACCGAUUAUUAAAUCGCGGGGCUAUACGUACAUGAACUCGAUGAGAAGGCACGUCUCUUGUCUGCAAAGCGAAGAAGAACUCAGCAGAUUUUCUGUCACUCCUCCCCAAUAUUUUCUAUUACAUAUAUAGUUUGCCGUUAUUGUUUGCUCCUUUUUAUGCAGUGGAUUGUAGAGUUAUGACCAAAAGUAGCUUCAAGCAAGCACAUGAGUUUGAGAAGAGACAGGCUGAGGCCUCAAGGAUUAGAGAGAAAUAUUCAGACAGAAUUCCAGUGAUUGUGGAAAAGGCAGAGAGAAGCGAUAUUCCCAACAUUGACAGGAAAAAAUACCUAGUUCCAGCUGAUUUGACUGUGGGUCAAUUUGUCUAUGUCAUCCGCAAGAGAAUUAAACUGAGUGCAGAAAAGGCAAUCUUCAUAUUUGUAGACGAUGUCCUCCCAGCUACAGGAGCAAUAAUGUCUACCAUAUAUGAUGAAAAGAAGGAUGCAGAUGGAUUUCUUUAUGUUACAUACAGUGGCGAGAACACAUUUGGGUAGCAGAUGAUCAGAUGCUGCCUUAUCUCUGUCAUUUUUUUUCUCUAUCAUCGUUAUAUUUACCCAUCUCCGUUAACGCGAUAUCCUCUACAAUACCGCAAUCUGCAUAAUAUGUAAGUGCUUUCUCUGUUUCUGUACAGGAAUAGUUUGUAUAUAGCUUUUCAGCAACUCAUAAGAUCCCAAUGUAAUGAAUAAUUCCUAUUCAUAUACUUUUUAUCUAUCA